CUGUGGGGUGUGGUGAGGUGGGGGGCAUGGGGGGACAACGCUUUGCUCCCUGCUGCAGAGCAUGUGCAUGAACAGACCCUGGAGGCACAGGAAAGGGACAGGGGAACCAGCACUGGGCAUGGAAGGAGGAGGUGGACCUAAAGAGAGCUCCUGGCUGUGCCUAGGCUAUCCUCCUGGUUUUGCCUGGGUUCCCAUGCUUGGGCUUCCUUGGCUCCUGAAGCUCCUCUCCAGAGGGACUGUGCCAGCCUCCUGCACCCAAAGACAGAGAGCUGCCGGGGGUCCCAUCUCCCUGCUUACCUUCUCCAAAGUUCUGGUCGUAGAUCUUGCUGGGGUUGGCGAACUCGUACUCUGAGCUCAUGGGGUAGGCAUGGGGCACCGUCCGCGCAGCCAUGGAGAGCUGAGGAAGGGGCCUGUCCAAGCACUCGCUGCCUCUGAGAGCCGAGGCUGCAGAUUGCAAGGUUUUAGUUGGGUGAAUUCCACAGGGAGGAGUGUGUGAUAAAAAGACAGACCAAAAUAGCCUUGCACCAGGCCCCGGGCCGCCUCGCCAGGGUGACGAGGGAAGCGCCUCAUUGCAUUCCUGUAGAGCUGCAGACUCUGCCUGUCAGCGGGGUGCAAUCCUGCACCUCCUGAUUCCCUGCCUUGGGCAGGAGACAAGAGACAGGAACUGGGCCCCCAGCUGCCCCUGCCGAGCCAGCAGGGGACAGGACAAUGCCUAAUGGUGGCUGGUGCUUGGUGAGGUUGUGUGCAGUCAUGCAAAGCCAUCGUUGUGAGCUUAGCCCUCAAAUCAGCCCCAGAGAAAGGGAUUUGUUUUCCCCUGAAGCUGAGUCUCUUGUUCCUGGGAGUGGUAAGGUGCUGCAGACUGUUAAGUGGCACUAAGCAGACCCUGAUGCUGACACUCCAGAACUGUGCCGCUGUGAGCCAGCUGUCUGGGCUGUGCCUUGGCCAGGGCUUCAGUGCUGUGCAGUGGGAUCAGAAGAAUGCCUGUGCUGGAGGUCACACAUUAAGCAGGGUCUGAAGCUGGCCUAGAUCCACUUUUAUUGAACUGGGAGGUAGUACCCAGUUAAGCUCCUCAUACUCUGAAACCAGAGAUUUCCAUGUCUGCGGUGCGAGAGAGCAGGUGCACUACUGCUGACGUAAUAUGGAACUGGACAAAGUACUGCUGGGGCUUCUGCAGAGGGUGAAUUCUACUCCCUAAUCUUGCAGGCAAGUGAACAGGAAGAGGGUCAGGCCCUUUUGCAGGGGACUGAUGGUGCUAGCAGUGAGAAUGAUGUGCCCCUAAGCCAGAAGGCUGUAUGUAAGUUGCAGAUACUCAGAGCUCUUGUACUUUAAAGACAGCUGCUGGGCUGAACCCAGUCUCAUGAUCUGAACUGAUUGCUGCAGGGCAAACAGAACAAGGGAGUUUGCAAACCAGAGAAGGCAAGCAGCAGUGCAGCUCUGCAGGGCUGCUGUUUGCCUGCUUUAUCUCUGCUUGCAGAGUGCUGGGCUCUUCUGCUCUCUCCCGCAAAGUGGUUUCUCUAGUAGGCAAAGAGGAAGAGGUAUCACCUGAUGCCCUGUGGAAACCAUCCUUAGUGUGCACACACCAGCAGGUGCUUAUGUAGGGUGCUCACUAGUCUGUAGAGCUGCACACCGGAGUACAUCACAACAGACCUUUUGGGGUCCAUGUUGCCCUCCAGCUAUGGCGUGCGGCUUCCUUCGCUUUAAGGGAAGGCAGAGCCUUUCCUAGGCGCGUGGGUGCAGUGGGGAGCUGCAGCCAUGGUGCCGUCACAGGGAACAACAGCCCCUUGUCCUUUUCCAUGUGAGCCAAAGAUAGGAGCUGCAUUGAUCCUGCUGGCAUCUGAAGCAGCUGGGAACAUCCGCCAAGCCUGCUUGGGACUCGGCAGAUAAACAGCACGUGGGGCGCGGGGCGGGCAGCCGGGCAGCUUGGCUUCUUGCUGCCCCAUUAGUCUCCUUGUCUUCUUCUCCCCUUCCCCCUCCUCCUUAGCAAUCUGUUCAAACCCCCAGACACUCCUGGGCACUGCUGAAGGGACCAGUCCCGGAUUGGGACAAUAAAAUCCCUGACACCACUAUUCAGGAGGCCUCGGGGGGAGAGGCCCCGCCAACCACACGGGUAUAAAGCUGCCCCCUGUGCUGGGCACAGCACUGCAGCAGUCGUUUGCUUGGCUCCUCCGUCGCGCUCCGAUGGAUAUCACCAUACACAACCCCCUGAUCCGCAGACCUCUGUUUUCUUGGUUGACACCGAGCCGUAUCUUUGACCAGAUAUUUGGAGAGCACCUGCAGGAGUCAGAGCUGCUCCCUACUUCCCCCAGCCUCAGCCCCUUCCUGAUGAGAUCCCCCUUCUUUCGGAUGCCCAGUUGGCUGGAGACGGGACUCUCAGAGAUGCGACUGGAGAAGGACAAAUUUUCUGUAAAUCUUGAUGUGAAGCAUUUCUCCCCUGAGGAGCUGAAAGUGAAGGUGCUUGGGGACAUGAUAGAAAUUCAUGGGAAACACGAGGAGCGGCAGGAUGAGCAUGGCUUUAUUGCCAGGGAGUUCAGCAGGAAAUACAGGAUCCCAGCUGACGUGGAUCCCCUGACCAUCACCUCAUCGCUCUCUCUGGAUGGUGUCCUGACAGUGAGUGCACCGAGAAAACAAAGCGACGUCCCUGAGCGAAGUAUUCCUAUCACCCGUGAAGAGAAGCCUGCCAUUGCAGGAUCCCAGAGGAAGUAGGCUGCUAUGUGAUGUCACGCCAGGGCCAUUCAAGAGCACUUCUCAUCGGAUGCCAGCUCUGCUCAAUGGCCACUCUUAUUUAUUUAUGCUGAGUAAGUUUACUAACAAAUAAAACGUGAAUAAGCAGUCUGUAGUUUUUGGUUUGGAGCACUUGAGACAAGAGAGGUGUUGGCUCAAGAAAGCCAUGUAAGUUUGCAGCAUAGGGAAACAUAUCUGGCAUCAUUCUUGCUUACAGCUUGUGUGGCAGGUGUGUCCAGGAGUGCUUGUCUCUGUGUUCAAAAACACUUUGCUGGUGUAACUUCAUUUAUUCUAAUGUUUUGCAAACAUCUAACUGCAUGAGCCUUUCCUUUCAGUGUUUCCUGAGGAUUUCUGGGUGUUUCACAAGCAAUAGAAAAGUUUCUCCAGUGGAGAUUAGGCUGGUAUGACAACUUCAUGACAAUCGAAACCCAUUCAAAGUGUGGGUGUCAGAUAACAGCUGAAUGGGGAACAACUGUAUCUUGUAUUUCUAGAAUGAUCCAUGCUACGCAAAAGCAUUCAAGUGCUGCAAUCACUUGGGAGCAGUUGCAGAUGACAACUGCAUAGCUGCAGUAAACACAGAUACAUCCAGAGAGGAGAAAAAUGUCCUGCUCUAAUGAUGCAAACCACAUCACUCUGAAACU